AUGCGAAUGGUAAAUCCUACCAUGAACUGGUGGUUCAAUCAUAGGGAUAACGUUGACCCCGCACUCAGCACCAAACUUCUUGGACGCAUUAUCAUCGGACAGGUGCCAGACAAAAUCACGAUCGCUGAGGUCAGUACUCUUUUUGAGAGUGUGCCCCUACCGGGCAAAGACAUGGAUCCCCAACAGAGCUGCGUGACGUGGGUGAUGAAUGCUAUUCAGCGCCUUCAGAGACAAGGUUGGGUGCGAGAUUUUGAACUUCGAUACUUCAAGGACUUCGCGCUCUCCUGCGCCGAUCAAUGGAUCGGCCAACCGAGGUCGAGAGAGCCCAAGGUGAUAGAGUAUAACAGUUAG